AUGGGCGUGGGCUUUCCGACUCCCAACAACUGCGCAGGACGUCCUCCGAAGAGGCAAAGACAAGAGGUCGACGAGGCAGCGGCCCGAGAGCAGCAGGACGUCGAGUCGUCUAUAACGGCCACGUCGCCUACGCUCGACGACCAGGACAGCGACGAGACGUCAUCCCUCAUGUCCAAAUCAUCCUCCCUACCGGGAGACGUGUUGGUAUCGAACAGUGUUGAUCUGGAUCGUUCUCAUCGUAUAGAUAUUCGUGGUUGGAACCUAUUGCGGAAUGUCGACUUCUGGCAGCAGUUCCUCAUUAUGGGCAUUCUCGCCGGCAUUGGCCUUAUGACAAUCAACAACAUUGGGCACGAUGUCAAUGCUCUUUGGAAGAAGUACGAUGACACUGUUAGCGAGGAAUUCCUGAUUUACCGCCAGCAAAUCCAUGUCUCUAUCUUAUCUAUCUGCAGUUUUGCAGGCAGAUUAUCAAGCGGCGUAGGGUCCGACUUUCUAGUCAAGGUACUACACGCAAGCCGUGUAUGGUGCCUCAUCAUCGCCAGCCUCAUCUUCUGCGUAGCGCAAAUAUGCGCGCUGAACGUCACCAACCCACACCUGCUCGGCUUCGUCUCCGGGCUCUCUGGGCUGGGCUACGGCUUUCUCUUUGGAGUCUUUCCGUCCAUCGUCGCCGAGACCUUCGGCAUCCACGGCCUCAGCCAGAACUGGGGCCUCAUGACGCUCUCGCCCGUCGUCUCCGGCAACAUCUUCAACGUCUUCUACGGCCUCGUCUUCGACCGCCACAGUGUCGUCGGGCCAGGCGGCGAGCGCUCGUGCCUGGAUGGCCUGGACUGCUACCGGUCCGCUUACUUCGUCACCCUCGGGGCGUGCGGGCUCGGCCUGCUCGUAACCCUAUGGACGAUCCGCCAUCAGCAUUUAGUGCGGAUGCGAGAGGCCAAGAUCCUCGUCCCGGAGUAG